CGAGAGACCGCUACAAGUCCUUGUCGGUCUGCCAAGUUCUUACUAACGUCUAGCUGAUAUCAAGUAUUUCGUGAAAAAAUGCAACGAGCAAUUACGACGUUUUCGCGGAAUAUUUCUGCGUUAAGUCAGGUAAGAAUGUCUGGAGAACGUGGUUCCGGUGUUGGAAAAGGAGGUGGUGGUGGUGGCACCAUCCGUGAAGCUGGUGGUUCUUUUGGAAAGAUGGAAGCUGCCAAUGAAGAUCAAUACUUUUAUAAUCAGCAAAAGGAGCAAUUGGCAAAGAUGAGAGAGAGCCUGCACGAUGAAAUCUCUUUCCACGAGGAACAGAUUAAGCGUCAUCAGGAAGCUAUAAAUCGUCACAAAAAGCGAAUUACAGAUAUGGAAACCAAAGAGUGAAUGUGUGAAGAAGUUCUAUUAGUGUGAUAUUUCUGAGUUUGGCGAUACUAUUAAUUUCAAUGUAAAAAGGGUGAAAAUAAUAAGAAUAUCGCAGCAAUUUUUUUUUUUUAUGUAUAAAAUGUUAAAUAGAUAUUAAAUGCAAUGCUGUUACUUAACAUAUAUUAUUUAAGCAUGGAUUCAUAUUGAAUAUUAUAUAGAUUGGUUACUUUUUGGGGAAAACUAUCUCAUAUAAGAGACCUUUGUAUUUGAAAUGUCUAAAAGACAGCUAUAUACUUGAGAAUAAAACGUGUUUUUCAUUGUUGCUUAA